AUGGGAUCCAAUACUAGCAAAGCCACUUCCUCUGCAACUUUGUCUUCUUCAAGGAAUUUCAGGAAGAGGGGUCGCUCUAAGGCUCAUAGAGGGUUUCAUUCUUAUUGUCUUGGAACUAGUUCUGGAUCUCAAGACAGUGAUAAUGAAGACCAGGUUUGUGAUCAAAAUAAAGUAGAUGGCAGUGAUGUUACAUAUGCUGAUGGCAAUCUAUCUGACUAUGAUGAGGUGAAAUCGAAAUCUCGGCUUGGUAUCAUUUCCGGUAAUAUAAGCCUUGGACUUAGGAGAUUUACUAGUUCAAGGUCAUCAAGGCCGUGUCCGGUUUCGUCUCCGACUUUAUCAAUAUUUGACAAUGUUGAUGAUGCAUCAGGAUCUGGUUUGCCUUGUUGCAACAUUCAAAGAAAUAGCAGUGUUGGCAUUGGUGCAAGAGAUGAGUUGGAUGUGAACUUAUUUUCUUCGAGAAUUCAAGCAGAGACGGAUACCAUUGAGACUAGAAAUAUAGAUCGACAAAAGAGAGUUCGAGAACCAGUUGAACAUAAUGUUCGUUUUAGUCGAACUUUAAGUGUUGGAAGGCUUCGUGACAGAGUUCUUCGCCGGUCAACAUUUUCUGACCUUACCUCAUUCCCUCUACAACAAGAGAGAGAGCUGAGAGAUGAUAGUCAGAAUACUCGAAGGCAAGCAGUGGAGCGAGAUUCAAGAGUUUCACCAUUAGAUCUUAGUGCUAUUAGUUCUUCUACAUCUAGUGUGUCUAACUCCAUGUUUAGCAAUCAAAAUUAUGAAGUUGAGACCUCACAAUUGCGAGAAGUUAGGUAUCAGGAUCUACUAGAGCAUAGAUCCAAUUUCCUUGAACGAGGAAGAAGAAUACGAUCACAGGCCCGUUCUCUUCAGCGAUUGAGUAGCCGGUUUGAAAAUCAGUCCACACAUGGGAGAUCAUGUAUCUUGUCUGGUCAACAUAGAACUGGUCGUUGUAUCUGCCGAUUCAGAAACCGUGACACGAAUUCAAAUGAUGAUACUGGUGCUAGAGCUAGCAUAUCUAGAAUUGUUGUACUCGCAGAAGCGUUAUUUGAGGUUCUGGAUGAAAUCCACCAGCAAUCUGUGGUUUUAUCUUCCCAUCCUUCCGCGUCUUCUCUUGGAUGUGUUCCCGCACCUAUCAAAGUCGUGGAGUCUUUACCUGUCAAGUCAUACGAGAAGUUGCAUAAACAUCAAGAAGACGCUACACAAUGCUAUAUAUGCCUUGUGGAGUAUGAGGACGGAGACAGCGUGCGAGUUCUGCCUUGCCAUCAUGAAUUUCAUAGAACAUGUAUAGACAAGUGGUUGAAGGAGAUUCACAGGGUAUGCCCGCUAUGUCGGGGGAACAUCUGCGUUUCUGAUUCAGAACUAUAG